UAUGAAUUAAUGAUGAUGCCUGCCUGCCUGUGAGAGAGGCUGGGAGGAACUGCAUCUGCUCGCGCACACAAAUGGUCUCUGUGCAGCUCCGCGCGCGCCGAUUACCAUUCCGAACACAGCCCCUGUGGGUCAGCCAUGGAGCCGGGUCGGUGGUGGACGGCGGUCUGGGGGCAGCAGCGGGGGGACAUCGUCUGAGCCAGCCCGGAUUACGCCGCGCGGCGCCAAGCAGCAGUGAGCGCGAGCGCAACAUCUGCUCGGAUUCCGCGCAACAGCAGCAUCAGCAUCAGGCGCUCGCUGCGCGGCAAAGGCGUUCCUCGCGCCGUGGAUGCGCGCGGCGGAGAGGCGACCCCCGCACGCCCGCAGCCCCCCGGACUCUGCGGGAACCAGCCCGUGGGUUAUGGAUUUGUUGAAGGGCAUCGGCGGUUCCGCAGGCCGUGGCGCGCGCUGCCGUUAGGGGACACCUGGAUUCCAGCCCGCAAUGCUCUCAGCCCCCCAGGGAGGAAACCAGCUCACCGCCGCGGCUGGAGGCUUCAUCUGCACGGUCUAAUUUCCUGAUUCAAAGCCAAAUGGAGUUGUUCCUGGUGUUCCUGGUCAUGCUCGGCGUGACUGUGGAGGCUCACAAAGUUCAAAUCUGCCCCAAACGCUGCGUCUGCCAGGUCCUCAACCCCAACUUGGCGACACUGUGCGACAAAAAGGGUCUGCUGUUUGUGCCGCCGAACAUCGACAGGCACACGGUGGAGAUGCGACUCGGCGAUAACUUUGUCACCAGCAUCAAGCGCAAGGACUUUGCAAACAUGACCAAGCUGGUGGACCUGACCCUCUCCCGGAACACCAUAGGCUCCAUCGCGCCGUAUGCUUUCAAGGACCUGGAGAACCUUCGAGCCCUUCACCUGGACAGCAACCGGCUAACCCACAUCACCAACGACACUUUCAGCGGCAUGUCCAAGCUGCACCAUCUCAUCCUCAACAACAACCAGCUCACACACAUCCACAUCGGGGCCUUCAACGACCUCACGGCUCUGGAGGAGUUGGACUUGUCCUACAACAACUUGGAAAGCGCUCCAUGGGUCGCCAUCCAGAGGAUGUCCAGCCUCCAUACUCUUAACUUAGACCACAACAUGCUCAGCUACAUUCCCGAGGGGACUUUCUCCGGACUGCAGAAGCUCAAGCGGCUGGACGUGACCUCCAACAAGCUCCAAAAGCUACCUCCUGAUCCAGUUUUUCAACGAGCCGGGGUCCUGGCUACCUCUGGAAUAAUGGGGCCUUCGUCGUUCGCACUAAGCUUUGGAGGAAACCCCCUGAGGUGUAACUGUGAGCUCCUCUGGCUGCGGCGGUUGAGGCGGGAGGACGAUUUAGAGACCUGUGCCUCGCCGCAGCACCUCGCCGGACGGUACUUCUGGACGGUUGCAGAGGAGGAGUUUCUGUGUGAGCCUCCGCUUGUCACAAGGCACUCUCAGGAGCUGCGAGCUCUGGAGGGUCAGAGCGUGACCCUGCGCUGUAAGGCCAGGGGCGAUCCCGACCCCGUCAUCCACUGGAUCGCCCCGGAUGGUCGCCUCAUGUCCAACUCCUCAAGGACGGUGGUCCAUGCAGACGGAACGCUGGACAUCCUCAUCAGCACGGUCAAAGACUCAGGUUCCUUCACCUGCAUCGCCUCCAACCCAGCCGGAGAGGCCCAGCAGGCCGUGUACCUGGCCAUCGCUAAGCUCCCCCACAUUACCAACAACACGGUGGCCGAGCAGGAGCCCGACCCCGGGUCAUCGGAUAUCGCCACUGUGACAAAGACGGGCGCGGCAGAGCCAGGCGGCGUCCCCCUGGGGAACGCCAAGACGAGCCAGGAGAAGAAAGUGGUGAUCGCCGAGGCCACGUCCACGUCGGCGCUGGUCAGGUUCAACUUCCACAGGAGCAUUCCCGGAAUCCGCAUGUUCCAGAUCCAGUACAACGGGAGCUACGACGAUUCACUGGUGUACAGAAUGAUACCACCAACCAGUAAGGAGAUCCUGGUGAACAACCUCGCCGCUGGCACGCACUAUGACCUGUGUGUGCUGGCGAUCUACGACGACCAGGUGACGUCUCUGACCGCCACCAGGGUGAUAGGCUGCAUCCACUUCUCCACCGAGCCGCAGUACCUGAGAUGCCACUUCAUGCAGUCCCAGUUUCUGGGUGGAACCAUCGUUGUUAUCAUCGGCGGGAUCAUCGUAGCCUCAGUGCUUGCUUUUAUCAUCUUCCUCAUUGUUCGCUACCGGGUGUGUAACCAGGGAGAUGCAGAUAAGGCGCUGGAAAUGGGGGAUAUUCGAUCACUGAGCAGUGACGGACAGCUACAAGGCUGCGGGAUUCCCAAAUCCCUCUCCAAGCAGGUGCUGCGCCCAGAGAAGAACGACAAGGACUGCCUCAAGGUGGUCCUCCCGCCUCCAGAGCCUGCCAAGCAGCGACCGCCCACCACGGCGCCGAGCACAAAACCCUCCGUCCCCGACUGCACCGUGUCUACCUCUGCUGGGAGUCACAGUUGGCACCCGGCCUCCCCGGGAGCCCCGAGGCCCAAACGUUCCGGCGCCACCGCGAAGCCCUCAGAGGCUCGGAGAGCAGAAGCACAGGCAGACGUGGAGCUCAACAACAUGAACCGGAAUAACUCAUCGGAGGUCAAAAUGCCCGUCGCUCGCGCUGCACCCGCGCAGCCGGCCAAGUGGACUCCAGCUCCCAGGGGUCCUCGACCACACCAAACGUCUCGAUAUUACAUGACUGUGCCAGCAGAGGGUGUGAGGGUGAACCGCCGCCACUCUUUCAACGCGGACUCGUACAGGGAGCGGUGCUUCGUGGCGUACCCCAAACCCGGAGCCAGCCUGCGCUCCAAACGCAGCCUGUCCAUGAGCGGCGAGCUGCCGCAGAUCGAGGCGAACAUUCGGCGGGCCAGAGACAAACUCUCCCGCUCCGAGUGGCUUCUGGAGAGCACUUUAUGAUUCACGACGUCGGAUGGGUGUCCCACGCCGAGACUCUGGAGUUUUCUGCCUUGUUUGAGCGUUUGCGCUCUGCAGUGAGGGACCAGAGGGAAGCACACAAAGUUACGGGAAAACUGUUUUCUACCUUAUAACCUCUUGAGUCUCCUUUUUGAUCAAACUUUGACUAAAGGCACAACAAUGUAUAAAAGCAACGAAAUGUACAAAGAUGUUUAGCUGUGUGAGGUACUGUCAGUGCGGGCGGACACACCAACCUGUAUUAUACCGAAGGGAUUCACCGAACAGAGGAUUAUUAUUCUGCUGCCCGUUCCUUCAGGUGAUCUCUGAGGACUUCAAAGAUCUCCACAAACCGUUCUUAAUCCCUGCGUCUGCGAGGACGUUCACACGCCAGAGGCGCAGGAAAUGAAUGUAGACUCGACUUCAUCCCAACUCAGCACAAUGCAGCGUUUGUGUGGCACAAACUGACUCAGCCGAAAACUGCCCGCCGGUUUAUACCCGUUUUUAUUAACUCCGAUGCCGUUCCUGUCAUCGAUGCUUGGGGCCCAAAAUAAACCAACAGCACCGGCGCCGAAGGUCCAGCAGCUGACCCGGGUGGAUGAGCGUAUUUUUUUACUCGGAGAUAAUGUCACGCCGAUCGCUGAAAACCAACCUCUGGAUGUAAAAGAAACGAUCGCCACAAAGGACAGAAAGACGUUUGCUCUUGAUUUUGUUGUCGUUUCUGUUUGAUGUUUACCAGUAAUAAUAAACCAGUGGAAAAAAAGAGGCAUCCUCAAA